GGAUCCUAUCAGGAACGGAGAAGCAAGAUCAAAGGGGAUCAAAGGAAGAUAUGGGGUGAAACACUGAGGACUUUAUAAAGAGAUGAGCUCCAAGACACAGCAGAUGCUUUUCUUGCCGGUGGAUGGCCCUCAGGAAGUAGACAAAGACAUGACUGAUGAAAACAUCACCAGGAAGUUCAGAACUCCCGCUCAAACCUACACCUAUUUUGUCAUUGUUUCUCUCGCCGCCUGUCUUCUUCUGGCAUUAGGAACCAUCAUGAUCUUAGUAUUUCAAAGGAUGGGGUCCUGUCCACAGUGUGAAGGACGCCGGAAUAAUGAAACUGCCACCAGUUCCCCACAGAUUAUGCCGUCUGAGAAAGCUGCUGCAUAUCUUCAAGUGUUAGAACCAAUCAACCAGACACAACUGAGGUGGAUCCAAAACGGCAUUCUCUACAACAUGGAGUAUGACGAUGGAAACCUUGUGAUCCAGCAGCCAGGAUGGUAUUUCAUUUAUUGCCAUUUACACUUUUACAUCACCAGCUGCCCCAAGAAGCCAUCGGACCUCAAGCUAGACAUCCUUGUGAACGGGACUGCGAAGAAACAGACUUUGUUCACAUUAUGCAGCUGUGAGAAUACAUCCAACAAUACAUACCAUGACCUCUUCCAGGUACUGCUGAUAGAGCUGAAGAAGGGACAUCGGAUAGCAGUGAAUGUCGAACAGUUUCAAUAUGUGGACACACAGGUUCUUCCCUCAAACAAUGUUUUCGGAGCCUUCAAGUACAACGGUGAAGACUGGGGAUAUCCCUUGCUCAAGGCAGUCUCUCGAAAUGGUCUUUAG